GUUUCCCGUCGGGUUUGCUGCCAUCUCGCUCUCUCGCUCUCUGCGAAUACGGUUCCGUGGACUCUCAGUGGAUUUAGAACCCGUACCGUACCGAUAGUCCAUACCGCCCCCUUGGGCGCAGUGCCGUUUUCGGCUGAGUGAGAUAUAACGAUGUUGUUGCAUCAUCCAUGGAAAGAUAGACAUUGUUAAAACAUUUUGAAUCAGUAGCAUUUGAAGGUUUGGCCGGUUAUGACGUGAGGCGGAGCGAAAGUUUUUUUUUUCUGUGGCUUUGGAUAUAUGCAGGAGCAAUUUUCGUCUGCAUUGCUGUUGAGUCGAUUUUUAAGAGGGUCCUUCAGUAAUAGAUGGCAGUAGCGCGAUAAUGUUUCAAAUUGUUUCGAGUGUGAUGUUUGGAAACAGUGCGCUCUACAAGUGAUUCUCGGAAAUCGGCUAGAGUGGAAUGGAAGUGCUCUCCGGCCGUCCGAUUACUGGCAAUGGAUUAGUGUUAAAAAGGGACUGUUAAAUUCUGCUGGUUGUUUAAUUAGGUCAAAGUAACAAUUUAACAAUACGAAGAGAUCGGCGGUGAUUGCACUGAAUAGAUAGUUCGAGUGGUGAUUUUGUUUUUUGUUUGUGUUGUGGAAAAUGAGUCUGCCAAGUGGCGUCGAUAUGUCCAAUCUGAUGCAGCAGCAUCCGGUGCUGGGUGCUUUGCCACCGGCCUUUUUUCUGCGAGCUGCCUCGGAGCGAUACCAGCGGACACCAAAAUGUGCCCGCUGCCGAAAUCAUGGUGUGGUAAGCGCCCUGAAAGGUCACAAACGGUACUGCCGGUGGCGGGAUUGUGUCUGUGCCAAGUGUACUUUGAUUGCUGAACGGCAGCGGGUGAUGGCAGCCCAGGUAGCCUUGCGUCGACAACAAGCUCAGGAGGAAAACGAAGUUCGAGAUUUGGGCCUACUGUACACUGGAGGCGUUCAUACGGUUGGUCAACCGGUGCCCGAUACGAACGGCCAAUCGGCCGUGGGGCAGUUCCAUACCGGUAUACCUUCGCCUCCCAAUGACUCCGACAGUGGCAAUCGCGGCAGUUAUGGCGCAGGGGAAGAGCAGGACAACCCGAGACUAAGGCCGGAACGUAUGAACUCCGCCUAUUCGCCAGAUCAGAGUGAACCCGACAGUCCUGGAUCGAAACGGCAGCGUUUGUCGACGGAAACGGACCACGACACCGGCUCGGAAUCCUCACCCAGCAGCCCCCGGCUGAAAGCGGGUCUUUUCUCGCUGCCCAUGAAACUGUCCCCAUCGCGAAAUGGCCCUCCGAGUUCGCCGGAGUCGGAUCUGGACGUAGAUUCCGCUCCCGAUGAUGCGGUUGCUCCUGAAAAUCUGAGCCUCAAAAAGGACGGUGGAGCACGGAAAGCAACUCCAGACCGAAUUUCGCCACCAAUGCCAAACAACGGUCUUGGUAAUGGCAGUGGUAACAUCACAGCCAGCAGCUUAGGAUUUUUACCAUAUCACACACAUACACCACAGUAUCAACACGGUUUGGGAGUUGCAAGUUCACAGACGCCCUCGAGAUCUCCAGUGGAUGUUUUACUGAGAGUUUUUCCCAAUCGCCGUCGAACUGAGGUUGAGCAACUCUUACAACGAUAUAGGGGAGAUGUGGUCCAAGCUAUGGAGGCAAUGCUCUGCGGGGACGAUGGUCUUCAUUCGCCGAUGAAUGUACCAGCACCUUCACCUCCGUUUCCGAUCAAAUCCGCCUUCUCACCAUUAAUGCCUCCGGGAGCCUUUGGAGCGCCGGCGGUAAGUCGUGGUUAUUCUUUCCUGCAAGCCCACGCACAUGCGAAACGGUUUUUAUCCGCUCCGUACAGUGGAACCGGUUAUCUAUCGACGGUGCUGCAGGACCCGGAACAGCAGCAGUGUGAUGCCAGUGGUGCUGGUAGUGGGGCCGCCGGCUCGAACGGUGCCUCCUCGUCGGCUACCAGCGGCGUCGGGAAUUGCGGCGAAGGACAGGAAUAAUACACAAUUAUUGAUUUGUAAAAAAGUAAUUCGACGUCGAUUGGUUUUGUCCAAAAUAAUCGAUGGAUUGAAAUCGUACUGUAACUGUUUUCUAAUUAAUCUAUCGAUCUUUAGAGAUGAAAAAAAUAUUUUGAAAAUGCUGUGUACAGAUUCAAACGACUAUCAGAUAUACCGAUGCAGCGGGAGCAUAUUUCAAGUUAGAACCUUUGAAUACGUAAAUAGACAGGAAUAUAUGAAUGAAAAGAGUACUUUGGUUUUGAUUUUUGUACAUAGUCAGAUUAUUAAUUUUGGCAAAGUUAUAUAGUACCAAAAUAUGGUUUCAAAAUUUUAGGUAAAUACAUUGACAAGCAAGGCAACCAUACUCUAAUAUCACAAAUUUAGAUAAUAAAGGAAUCAAAACCAGAGCUGAGUAUACAGCGGGUCGAUCAGAACCAGAAUAAUCUCAUACGAUAGCCUCCUCUAAAUGUAUAUCAAACUAUGUGGCAAACACAAAAUUACUUAACACAAAAACAACAACAACCGUACGCCAGAAUAGAUGAUUGAAUAUAGCAAAUAAUGCUGCUUACACAUAGCCUUAAGACAUCUACUCAAAAACGUGAAAUAAAGAAGGUGCCAUAAUCGUCCCGAAAAA